AUGACUAGAUUGUGGUUGACUGUUGUAAUAAUCUUGGUGGAGUGCUUGGAGGUGGGUUUAAACACAGUAAUCAAAGCAGCAAUGACAAGAGGAAUGAACCAGUAUGUGUUUGCUGCUUACUCAAAUGGACUUGGUGCCAUAGUCCUCAUUCCUGCUUGCUUCAUCUUCUACUGGAAGAAGGCUCCCCCAAAACCCACUUGGUACACUAUUUUCAAGAUCUUGGUUCUCAGCUUUCUGAGUUUAAGUAUGCAGAUUUUUAUGUACAUUGGGAUGGCAUAUAGUUCUCCAACUCUUGCCUCUGCAAUGUUUGAUCUCACACCAGCUUUUACCUUCUUCGUUGCCGUAGCAUCAAGGUCAGUCUCUGACUCUCCUCUUCCUUUUUUUGGUAACCGAGAACGAUACCAUAUAAGAGACUCUCCUUCUCCUCCUCCUCUUCCUCUUAUUUUCCUAUCUAGCCAAUUGACUCAUUUUGAUGUUUUUUUUUUUUUUUUUUGUGUGGGUGGUUUCAGAAUGGAAAAACUAGUCUUGAAAGAUCCAGGGAGUGGAGCAAAGUCUGUUGGGACAUUAUUAUCAGUUGCAGGAGCAUUAGUUGUGACAUUGUACAAAGGCCAACCAAUUUCAAGUGUCUUCUCAUCAUCAUCAUCACUGACUGGAUUAAACUCUCACCUGUUGCUUCAAUCAAAUUGGAUCAUUGGAGCCAUUUUUCUUGUAGCCACUGCAUUUAUCCUCUCAUUGAUAUUAGUUGUUGUGACUUGGAUUAUCAAGGACUACCCUGAAGAGAUGAUUGUGGUAUUAAUCUCUUCCUUUUUUGUGACGAUUCAAUGUGCCAUUUUCACAUUAUUUGUUAAGAAAAACCCAAAUGCUUGGAGUCUGAAGCUUGAUAUUGAGUUGGUAGCAAUCGUAUACUCGGCAGUGAUUGCAGUUUGCAUUCGAAGUAUAUUAUAUGCAUGGGCAUGUCGAAAGGAAGGGCCUAUCUAUGUUUCCAUGUUUAAGCCUAUUGACAUGGUGAUUGCAACUAUCAUGGGCGUUGCAUUUCUUGGGGAUACUCUUUAUCUCGGAAGCGUGAUUGGAGGGAUCGUUAUCACGAUGGGAUUUUAUGUAGUGACAUGGGGACAAGCCCAAGAAUCAAAAAUGAUUGAAAACAGCGGAAAUUGCGCCACCUUUGAUUCAUCAUCCCCUAAAGCUCCUCUUCUGCAGAACACAAAAAUAGAUGUUAUGGUAUAG